AUGGCCACCGCAAUGGUGAAUGGCGGGCCAAGCGCAGAAGGAAAUCCUACCGGACCUACAAUGUCCAGCACCGGGAAGCAGCAGCCUAAGCCUGCCGGAAGUGCUGGCAGCAAGCCUAGCGAUGGCAAUCGAAAGCAGGCGGGAAACCUCCAUGAUGGAGUCCAAAAACGCAACGUUCCUCAGAAGGCUUGGACAUCCGGCAUGAAUCCUAUCACUCAGCGAUCGACUACUUCUGGUCAACAGAAUGGGGUUGGACCUCAGGCUAAAAACAAUGUCCACAGAGCUGCAAUCAACCAGGAGGCGAGUAUAGAGAAGCUCGCAAAUGAGCGGCUAAUGUACCUGCUGGUAAAUUUCAUGGGCCUUACUGCUACUGUGACAUUGAAGAAUGGUGAAGUUUUCUCCGGGAUUUUCUUCGGAGCAUCUCUGGAACACAAUGAGUCCACUUACAUACUCAAGAUGGUGCAGCAGAUCAAGACAACCGAGAAAAGUGAGGUCAAUGGCACCCAAGAUGAGAUGGGAGCCUUUGUUGGUGUUGGCGAAGACCACACAAUGUUAUUCGAUAUCCACGAUGUGACAGAUCUUGCUGUUGAAGGUGUCGGGCUAGGUGCUCAAGAUAAGCACCAAAAUGGUUCUACAACAGGGUUUCGCACAGACACUGACAUUUCGGGCAACCUUGCAUUUCGUGAACGACAAUUGCAGCGCUGGACUUCCACCGCGGAUACCGAUGUUGAUCUCUCUCUUGAGGGUUCAGGGUCGGGAGGGGCAUGGGAUCAGUUCAAAGCGAACGAACAGCUCUUUGGCCUAAAGAGUGACUACGAUGAAAACAUCUACACAACGAGAAUCGACCGGUCAAAUCCUUCAUAUCGCGAGCGUGAAGCAGCAGCAAUACGCCUUGCACAGGAUAUUGAAGGAACAUCAACCAGCAAUGCCCACAUGCGAGAGGAACGCGGGAUGAUUGACGAGGACGGUGGGCUCGACGAGGAGGAGAAAUACAGCGGCGUCCGUCGCCAGGGAGCAGAUUACCCACCUCUUCAAUCUAGCCAGUCAAACAGAUACAUGCCACCAGCUCGCAGACCACUGAGCGGGAAACCAACCGUGGCAGGUGCACCCGUAGAUUCCGCAAUCAUCUCUUCUCAGAUUGCUCGAUCAGAUGCGAGUCCUCAAGUACAAACAAAUACAGCAGUAAGACCAGCUGAAAAUAGCGCAGCGGCAACAACUUCUGGUGAUGUAAAGUCGGAAGAUGUCAAGAAAGAAGCCGUCAAAGAUGUCUCUACAAGCAAAGCAGUUGCUGCCAGUACACCACGCCCACCGGAUACCUCCAAAGCAGCGACUCCUAACGCCACCGCUAAUGUGGAGACCGAGGUAACCGAGGUAUUAGAUUCGUUUCGAAAUUUCGCCAUGUUCGAGAAGAAUAGACUCGCAGAUGACCGCCGCAAACGGGUGAGUCAUGACAAAGCUAUCAAGUUGAACGAUUUGAAGAAGUUCUCGACGAACUUCAAGCUUCAUACGCCCGUACCUAAAGAUUUAGUCCCCAUUCUUGCAAAGGACACAGCAAAACAGCAUGAGAUCGUGGAGAAGGCUCAGCGUGAGGCCGAACAAAAAGCGGCCACGCCUCCGAAGACGUCGGCUAGUUCCGCAGAUCAGCCAUCAACCAAAAUCCCUGUCGAGUCAAAGCAAGAUGGAACACGGGCUCCCCCAAACACCGCCGAGCGGCAGGAAUAUACAAAUUUUCGACAAGGAAUGCCUCCGCGAGGCCCGCAAGCUGGCAUGCCACCGCGUGAUAAGCAACAGCAGUUUUCGAACUUCCUUCCCUCUUCGCAAAACGGUCAGGGUCUUCUCAGCCAUCGCUUAGCCGAAAAUCAUGGCCGACACAAAGCUGGCAUGCCAGCAUCCAUUCCGACCCCACUUCCAAUUCACAGUGCCCAGAAGCCUCCCAGACCUAUCGCCAACGCUGCUCAGGUGCCUAACUCACAAGCAUCAAGCACUGUACGAACCCCAACUUCUGCAGCUUCUGCCAAAUUCAACGUGUUCAAGCCUAACCCAGCGGCUAAUACGUUCAAGCCCACUGGACUGCCCAGCGCUGCUUCCAGUCCAAGAUCAAGUGCCAACGCUAGGCCUAUGUCUCGAGCUCCAAGUCCGAGCGAUUUCUUUGGCACCAAAAAACCGGUUUCGUCUGGCGAGAGACCUUCCAUCCUGGAGAACUUCAAUCCUUUGAAGCGUCUCAGGGAGAAAGCGCAAAAAGAGGGGAAAGCAAAAGACUAUGCUGCGAAUGGCGGCAUUGUCUAUGCUCAUGCGACCCCAGUCACCUGGACACAGGUGAAGAGUGACGAGAACUUCAAGUCCUACAAAGAUAUGUAUGAAGAUCCACCGCCAGCGUCGCGCGGUGUCUCUCCACAACAAUCAACAGCCUCUCCGGUCAAUUCAGCCCUCUUGCAUCAAUUACCUGCCCAUUUGCAGCACGCUCCGCAAGGGGUUCCUCAUUUGCAUGCUCCUCAGCAGGUCCCGUACCCGGGUCCGCCACAGCCACAUCAUUUUCCUGGCGUGCCCCAUCAUUACGAUGAGCACCGCAUGCAUCCGUCUCCAUCACAGUCUUCGGCAUAUUCAACAUCUCGGGUACAAGGACCUUAUCUGGCCUACCCACCGCCAAUGGGUCAAGUACCAUAUGGGUAUGGCCAACCAGCGCCGCCCCAUGUUAUAGGCCCUGGUGCUCCUCAACCACAAGCCUUUAGACCGGUCCACGGCGGCCCACCGUAUGGACAAUCCCCAGGGCAACAGUUUUCGGCUCCAAUGAUGGUCCAUAAUUCCUCUCAGGGAAGUUUCAUGGGUCCACAUGGUAUGCCCGGGCCCCAAAUGCCAAUUUUCGCUCCUGGACAAGCUGCUCCGUAUGGUGGGCAGUCGCAGCCGCCAAGUGGAUUUCCCAGUCCCGGGAGAGCAACGCCUAUGAUACAUCAAGGCUCUUAUCAAGGGCAGCCUCCAGUGUACGUGGGUAAUCAGCAGUACGGUACGCCGAUCUAUGCACAACAACCACCUCAACACACAACGCCUAUGCGAGGCUAUGCAUCUCCGCAGCCGCAUUACAGCCAGAGCCCCCAACAGCAACCACAUUUCCCACCCCAGGUCAGUCGCGUGCCUAGCAAUAGCUAUGCGCACCAUCAGUAUCAACACAUGCCUGCGCAGCAUAAUCCUCCCCCUGGAGUGCCCAUGGAUGGAGGAGAUGUUAUGAAAUGA